GUGCAUGGCGCGGCAAGGAGGAGGUGGAGCUACCGCGAGGCGGCGGUUGGCAAUGGGCGGGGGAUUGGACGGUGGACAUGCGUGGGGGGUCCGGCGGGGCUGCUGCUGCUGCUGCUGCGGCGGCGGCGGCGGCGGUGGAUGCGGAGGGCUGGGAGUACCGCUCCGCCGCCGUGGGGACACCCGGGCAGCGCACCUGGUCGGCGGCUCCGGAGGCCACCUGCACCAGCCGCCGCCGCCGCUGGGUGCGGCAGCGGCGGCGGCGGCUGCCUGCGCCGCUGACCACGGAGCCCGCACCCAACGCGCUACUCGGCCGCAUGCCCUCGGCCCGCAGCGGCGCCGCCGCCGCCAGCACCGCUACUGCCGCUACAACCGCUGGUGUGGACGCCUCAUGUGCGGCGACGACAAACCAACCCAUUGACGACGACGGCUCCAUGGGCGUGGUCGCCGGCGGCGUGUGCCCCCCGGGCGCCGCCGGUACCCCUCCCGCUCUUCACCUCCUUCCUGCUGGCGCCGCCGCCGCCGCCGCUGGCGGCGCCGUUGGCAGUUCCGGCGCUCCUGGGUUGGUGUUGGUUACGGUGCUGCUCUGCAGCUCCCUGCGCGGCGCCCGACUGCAGGAAUCCCGACUGGCGGCGCUUCGACUUCUGGUGGCGUCGGCGGAGGAGUGCGACGACCAUGUACGGCUGCAGGUGGUGCUUCCGUACCUGCUGACGGCGCUGCACGACCCCUCCGCUGCCGUACGGUGUCUGGCGGUACGCGGCAUCGUACGGACCAUGUCACGAGUGCAGGUCCUCCCCCCCUCCGACAUCAAGGUCUUCCAGGACUACCUGCUGCCAUCCAUGUCGCUCAUCCCCAACGACCCGGAGGAGGCCGUACGGGUGGAGUACGGCAUGGGGCUGGCGCACCUGGCGGCGGCGGCGCAGCGGCACCUGCUGCGGCUGCAGAGCGACAACAACGCAGCGGCGGUGGCGGCGGCGGCGGCGGCAGCAGCGGCCGCGGCGGCGACGGGUGUGGCGCCUGGGUUGACGCCGCCGCCACCCAUACGGUACGACGCUGAGGUUGCUGCCGUACGCACCCUCAUCGAGCGGGGUGUGGUGGAGCUGGUGACGGGGCUGAGGUCGUCAGCGGACGUGAAGCGCGCGCUGCUGUCCCACGUGUCGCUGCUGGCGGAGGCGUUCGGGCGGCGCGGUGUGACGGAGCUGCUGUUGCCGCUGCUGAUCACCUGCCUCAACGCGGGCGAGGGGCGGCUGCGGGGCGCCUUCUUCAGGGCGGUGGGCAGCCUGGGGCCGGAGCAGCUGGGGGGGGAGGCGCUGGACGCAUUCCUGCUGCCCUGCCUGGAGCAGGCCCUGACCGACCCCGAGCCGCGUGUGGUGUGCGACGCGGUGCGCUGCCUGGGCUGUGUGGCGGGGCAGAUGCGGAAGCGCUCGCUGCUGGCGGCCGCUGCCCGGGUGGCGCCGCUGCUGGCGGGGGGAAGCUCGGCGGUGCGGGGGGCGGCGGUGGCGCUGGUGGCGGCGGCGGCAAGCCACCUGCCCCCCGCCGACGUGUACGCCCAGCUGGCGGUGCUGGUGGCGCCGCACCUGGCCCGCCUGCCGCCGCGCCUCACCGACCCGCCCCUGCUGGCCACCUGCCUCAAGCCCCUACCCUUGCAGCACCCGCAACAGCAGCACCCUCACUCGCACAUGCAAACCCCGCAGCAGCAGCAGCAGCGCCAUACGGGGCGGCAGCAGCAGCAACAGGCGGGGAGGCAAAGCGAGGGGGAUGAGCGGG